AUGGCGAGGACUCUGACGAAACCAGUUUUUGUGAAGGUUGAUCAGUUGAAACCAGGGACUAAAGGCCACACUUUGAUCGUGAAAGUCGUCGAAUCGAAUCCUGUUAAACCGGCGAUACGCAAAACUGGUUCUUUGACUCAGCCAAUUCGAUCUCCUCGUAUCGCUGAGUGCCUAAUCGGCGAUGAUACUGGAUGCAUCCUUUUCACUGCUCGCAAUGAUCAAGUUGAUCUAAUGAGGACUGGAGCGACAGUAAUUCUGAGGAAUGCGAAGAUCGAUAUGUUCAAGGACACGUAUCACACGAUGCGAAUGGCUGUAGACAAAUGGGGACUCAUUGAAGUCACUGAUCCUGUUUCGUUCGAGGUUAAUCGAGAAAACAAUCUCUCUCUGGUUGAGUAUGAACUGGUUACUGUACCUGAUGAAUGA